ACAUUAUGGAAGCACAAUCGUGGCUCCAGGUCGAUUACAUCGUCGUCCAAGCUCUGCUGGCCUCCCUACGACUGGUGACACCGCUGAGCAUGGCAUACAUGCUGCUGAGCUGCUUCACCGGCCACUGGAUCUACUCCAAAUGGCUCGGGUGGUACGCACUCGCCGAGGUCGCUUUCUACGCCCUAGUCUACCUUCCUCGACGGAAGAUGCUACAAAAGCCCGCUAUCCUCCCGCCUACUCCAUCCCGCGAAGAGCGCCGAGCUCUCUUUAACAAAUGUCUUCCGUACCUCUGCAAAGCCAAGGGUGCGAAGGGAUGGUUCGUGACUCUGGACAAGCCGCACUCGUACAUAUCGCGGGAACAGCUAGUGGACGUUCUCCUUCUCCAUGUGUUCAAUUCCCGACGGUCGGACCUACAGCCAGAAUGGAAAGACGAGCUCGAAGAGUACGUAACCCGAGUCGAGGCUACUGUCGGCCACUGGUUUGAGGACAAGUCCGUUGCGGGUCGCAAGGGCAUGAUGCUCACGCUUGACAGAGUAUCUAUGGUUCAUAGACCGCUUAUUUUGUAUAUUAACGUGGCAUUGGUGGACACAUGCAUGUCGCUCGUAUUGCUCUGGAACGGGUUCCGGCACUACGAGGCCCACAGUAUGGUACCAUGCUUUCCUCCGCGAGCGUCAGUGCUAUUCUCGAACCGGUCGCCGCAUCCAGAGCUGGGUUAUUGGUACCGGCCGCACCGUAGCAAGUCCAAGCUGCCGGUGCUGUUCCUACAUGGCGUAGGGAUAGGACUCACACCUUACGUACCAUUCCUGCUCGACAUCAUCUCCGCAGAUCCGGACGUCGGGAUAUUGGCUAUCGAGAACCUCUCGAUCAGCAUGCGAAUCACCAAGCCCAUUCUCAUGCGGCAUGCCAUGAUGGAUGCUAUACGGCAGAUUCUCGACCGUCACGGACUAUCGCAGGUCGUGAUAGCCGCACACUCGUACGGCUCCGUCAUCACCACCCACAUCCUUCGAGAUCCUGCACUCUCUCCGCGAGUGGCCGCCAUGGUGCUUAUCGACCCCAUCGCGCCGCUAGCGUAUAUGCCCGACCUGACGUGCAAUUUCGUCUACCUCCAGCCGCGGCUCGCACCGGAGUGGCUCCUCUGGUACUUUGUCUGCCGCGAUCCGGAUACGUCGCGGGUGAUUGCGCGUAACAUGUUCCUCACGGAGAAUGCGCUUUGGAAGGACGACCUGGAUGGCAAGAAGUGUACUGUGGUGCUUGCGGGGCAGGAUUUGAUGCUGGACACGAAGGAGAUCAGGAGGUACUUUACGGGAGAGGAAGGGGAGGAGUUUCGAUGGCAGCGAGAGGGAAUUGAGGUGAUAUAUCGGAAAGACAUCGGUCAUGAAGAGGUUCUGUUCACGAAGGAGCGAAGAGGCCCUGUGCUCGAGGCUCUGAUGGAGCUCGUGCGCGUACACCAAUGGGCGCAUUGAACGUGCGAGGAUCAAAAGGCUAUCAUAGAUUUCUAGACCGCAGUGCAUACUAUACAUGCGUUGUUGAUCGUGAGGCCACGUUGCCUAACUUGAUGCGCAAUGCUUCAUCAACCGUGCUUGAGUCAG